AUGCGUUACGCGCCGCGUUUGCCGAUUCAGCCGAUUCAGACGAAGCGUUCUGCGACGACAACAGCUUCGAGGAGUGAGGAGCGAUUGGUAGUUUUGAAGAAGAAGAGCAUCAUCAAAACUGCUCGUUUGGGUUCUUUUUCUUCUGUUGAUGUUGAUGGCACUGGACUCAACAUUUACCUAAUCCAACGCGCUUCGUCGGUCGUCGCGAGGAGUAAUACUGCGAUGGUUCUUUCGAUGAUGAUUGCAGCAGCGGAGGAGGAUAAGGAUGAGGCAAAAGCGGAGAGCUCGGUGAUUGUCGGCGCUGGCCCAACUGGUCUCGUCACCGCCAUCAUGCUCGCUCGCAGAGGUUGGAACGUGAGAGUCCUCGAAAAAAGAAACAAACCGGAAAAGGCGAACAACGCGGACGUUUGGGGGGAUCCUCAGAGGAGUUAUAACAUCGGCUUAUCCGCUCGAGGACAACUGGCGUUGCAGAAAUACGAUUUAUUAGACGUGGCGACGGAGUAUGCGAAGCGAGUCAAGGGAAGGUGCGACUUCGAUAAAGACGGAAACCCGGUGGAGAAGUUGGUACAAAAGAAGUUUGACACGCAAGUCAUUCAGAGAGAUCGAUUGGUGGCGGCGCUUUUGGAAGAGGUCGAGAGUAAUUAUGCGGACAGCGUAACGGUCGAGCACGGUGUCGCGGUGAAUUCGUGCACGUUUUCGGAGAGUGGCGAUAAAGCGACGUUGGAAAUUUUCGAGUGUAAAGAAGACGGCGAUUAUUGCGACACGAAGGCGAAGGAGACGAUCGAAACGUCGUUGGUUAUUGGCGCGGAAGGAAACGCAGGGAAACGAGGGAGCGCGGUGAUUCGAGCGAUGGAUGAGAGUAAAAUGUGCAAGACUAAGAUGGUAAAGUUGAAAGAAAGGAUUGAAUCUACGAGAGUGUAUAAGAUUAUUCCUAUUGAACUACCGGAUGGGUUUCGGACCGAUUUGAACUAUUCCUCGAGAACCGGGAAAGGCGUCGCGAUGGAGUGUUUGCCGACGAAAGAAGGUCUCUUGGUCGGUGUUUUGUUGGUUAAACCUACGGACGAGGAAACGUGCCUGAAACUCUCCGACCCGAAGAAAUUAAGAGAGUAUUUGGACAGCGAUUUCCCGAUGUUUUCGAAAAUGGUCAGCGACGAAAACGUCGAGAAGGUUGCGAAAUCUAAAUUUUCCGGUUUGCCGAAUUUUCAAUACGCCGGGGGCGCUUUACAUCUUGGCAGUUGCGCGGGAUUAAUCGGCGAUGCUAUUCACACGGUCAAACCGUACUUUGGGAUGGGCGUAAAUUCGGCGUUUGAAGACGUGACUGUUUUGGAAGAGUGCAUCGAGAACGCUAAAGGCGAUUCGAAGAUUUUUUUACCGCUUUACUCGAAAAAACGAGCCGCAGACGCCAAAGCGCUCGUGGAAAUCUCGCACGGUUUCGAUGGUGGAUUCUUAACGUUCGUGUUACCAUUAAUAUUGGAUUCUAUUUUUCACCGCAUCGCGCCGUGGUUAUUUAUGCCGAAUACGAUUCAAAUGUUACAAAAAGACGACUGGAGUUUUGUGCGAACCAGUCGACGAAAACGGUUCGAUCGAACGUUACAGGUUUCGAUUCUCGCGUCUAUUUUCGCAGGAUCGGUGAGCUUAGUGAUGAUGCUCGUCAAGUUUCUGUGGAGUAAAAAGUUUUUUCUAGCGUAA